GGAAUUAUUAGAGUACAUCUGCUACCAGACGACGUUCAACGAGGCUCCAUAGACCGUACCAGUUCGGCAUUACAAAGGGAGAGAUCCAAGAUACUUCGCUACCUUGAUUAUUCACCGUGUGCUUGGAAAGCCGUUAAAAUACCAGAAGAGACUGGCAGCCCUAUUCUUGACAAUCCCAAUACCGAUGAAAAUGAUAAGGACAUAUCUCUGCUGGAGCUCUUCAACGCCAUUCCUUCACCAUGCCCAGACUUGGAUUUGGUCAAAGAGCCAUAUACACAGGAUGCCAUGUAUAAUCUCAUGGAGAGCAAAGUACCAGGACUCAAAACAGAGCUACAUCCCUACCAAAGACGAUCUGCAGCUUUGAUGCUGCAAAAGGAAGUGCAGCCCGGCCAGACUCUCGACCCGAGGUUAUUGCAUCUGAAAGACACACGCGGCUCAUCUUGGUAUAUGGACCAUGUUACUGGCGAGGUUUUAUUGGGGCCGCGAUAUUACGAUGCGGUUUCGGGAGGGAUACUGGCAGAGGAAAUGGGCUCGGGCAAGACAAUAAUCUGUCUUGCGUUGAUACUUGCGACGAUGCAUUUGCCAACAAAUCCGCCUGAUUUUUAUAAACAAGGUCAACCACCAGUCAGACAGAGAAUUGCAUCUCUUGCCGAUAUGGCAGCCUCAUGCGCCACACGUCAUGCCGUUCCCUGGAGAUCCUAUUUCGAAGCGUGGAAGGCGCAGCAUGGUUAUGAGUUUACCCAUUGUAACGACGUUCUUUCGAGAAACCCCGGGCAUUAUUUUCUCCCCGCACCGAAGCCCCCUCGUUCUAGACGACGGAAUGCAACCGGCACAACGCCGCCGCCCCAAAAAGUCUACUUGAGUUCGGCCUCAAUUGUGAUUGUUCCCAAUAACCUUCUUGCGCAAUGGAAAAAGGAGAUACGAAAGCAUACUGAGGGCCUAAAUGUACUAGUUCUUGGGAAAAGCGACAGGCUUCCGUCGUCGCACGAUGAAUUAUUGACAUACGACAUCAUCUUGUUUUCCCAGUCAAGGUUUGAGAUUGUUGUGAAACAAUAUGGCGGUGUCAGCGGUUCUAUCUUGUCAUCCAUCCAUUUCAAGCGAUGUAUCGUGGAUGAGGGGCAUAAACUUGGUAACUCAAGAAUUAACAAGAAAAGCAAUCUCUUAAUUGGCCUAGACUCGAUGCAUUUCUCCUCUCGUUGGGUCGUUACGGGAACCCCUUCGCAUGGUUUAUACGGAGUUGAAUCACCUCAUACUUCUACGGCGAUUUCUCAUACCGACCAAAGCAACUCUUCAACGGAAAUGGAAAGAAAAGAUCUUGAUCGAAUCGGGGCCAUUACUGCCCUAUAUUUAAAAGCCCGUCCUUGGGCGAACAUUGAUAUUGAGAAUGGCGAUACAGUGGCUGAUUGGACGAAAUACUUAAUGCUCCCUAAGCAUCACCCCAAGAGUCAAGGCCGAUUCGAGAGUCUGGAAUCUACGCUCAAUUCUCUUAUUAUUCGCCAUCGUACAUCGGAAAUUAAGACUCUUUUACCAUCUGUAAAUGAGAAGGUCGUUGUUCUCGAAGGUUCAUAUCAGGAUCAACUGUCAUUAAAUUUGUUCUCUAUGAUGAUAGUGUUCAACUCGGUCCAAUCGCAGCGAACGGACAUGGAUUAUUUCUUUCAUCAGAGGCAAAAAAAAUCCCUGCUACAGAUCGUACACAAUCUAAAGCAGGCAAGCUUUUUUGGAGGGUCUUUCUUUACUGCUGACGAAAUUGCUAAAUCAGUAGAAACCGCAGAAAAGUUUUUGGCAGAGCGGAAAAUACCCAUCAGUCCUGAAGAUGAGUCACUACUUCAACAAGCUAUUCAAUUUGGCCAUCUAGCCAUGCACAAUAGACUUAGAAAUCUUACCAACCAAUUUCACGAAACGGCAGUGUCAAUCACAGGCUUCCCCGGCAACGCUGGCGCAUCCUGGUCUCUUGAUGGUGCUGCCACAGACGGCAGCAUCUGUACAUCUACCAGCAUGAUCCUAUCACUUCAGAGUCUAGUAUAUAAGGCGGCAAGGAGUGAAGAAAAAUUCAACUCUCUUUUAAACGGCGAACUGAUCUCAGAAGGCGCACUGGAACGCUCGAAACUCCUAGAUGCGGCAGCUCCUGAAAAGAGUUCCAAAUCAAAGGAAAAGUCAUCUAGUACACUUGCUGGUAAUACAAAAUUAGGCGAUGAUAGCCCGAAGAAGGUACGCUCGCAUGGCAUAAAUGGAACUGAGCCGAAGACUCUCGCUGUCGAACCAUCUGCCGGCCACCUCGAACAGACAAAGAUCACCGCGACUGUAUCCGCAAAACUCUCUUACUUGGUCGACUGCCUGGGGAAAUACCAAGAAGAAGAGAAGAUAAUUGUUUUCUACGAGAAUGAAAACGUAGCAUGGUACUUGGCUAGCAUGCUUGACGUGCUUCAAAUCCAACAUUUGAUUUAUGCCAAAACUUUGAGCACAGAGAGGAGAGCGCAUUAUGUCGAUACGUUCAACCAUAAUGAGAAAUUCAGAGUACUCCUCAUGGAUUUAUCUCAGGCAGCGUUUGGUCUAGAUAUGCAAGAGGCAUCUCGAAUAUACUUUAUCAACCCAGUCCUCAAUCCGCAGGUAGAGGCGCAGGCCAUAGGUCGUGCGCGGCGAAUUAGCCAAAAGAAGCCAGUCUCUGUCGAAACGCUUGUGCUGAAGAACAGUCUGGACGAAGUCAUUCUCGAGCGCAAGAAACAUAUGUCUCAAGAAGAGCAUCGCCAAGCCAAGUCCAUUCUGGAUGUCCGACCAAUAUAUAACUGGAUCAAAAAUACCAAAGUUACUCCAAUGAAGCCAAGCGAAGACGAUUAUACUUUGCAGAUGGCCGCGCUUCAAACCACACAAGCUGUAUUUGGCAAAGGGUUUGGAGUUGUGGCACAUCCCGACGACGGCAUUAUC